AUGAUAUUACUUAAUAUUAAUGUGAUUAUCACUAUUCUUGUCAUUUUUCUCAUUAUUAUACCAACUCAUUGCUAUUCAAAUAUACCACCAGAAGCAGAAAUGACAGCUAUUGAAAUAAUACUUUAUCAUGGUUAUCCGGCACAAGUAUUCCAUGCACAAACCAUUGAUGGUUAUAUUUUAGAUCUUCAUCGUAUUCCCUUUGGCAAAAAUGGUUGUUCCAAUAAUCAAAAAUAUCGUCCAGUAAUUUUCCUACAGCAUAGUUUAUUGGGAUCAAGCGCUGAAUGGCAUGUAAAGUAUUCCGUAAAGGAUGAAUUAUUUUGGAAAUUCAGUUGGGAUGAAAUGGCAAAGUUUGAUUUGGAUGCAAUGUUCGAUGUGGUACUACAUGAAACUAAGAAAAGUAGCCUAUAUUAUGUAGGAUUUUCGCAGGGUACAUUAAUUAUGUUUGCCAAACUUUCGCAAGAUCCAAAAUUUGCAUCGAAGAUUCGAAAAUUUUUUGCGUUGGGACCAGUUGCAACUGUUGCUAAUGUGAAAGGAUUGUUCCGAUUAUUUGCUACCAUCAUUUCUCGUAAUACUAAGUUGAUGUGGCGAAUUUUCGGUAAUAAAUAUUUUACACUUACUAGCAAAUUAGCAAAAAUAAUUGGUAUGUUAAUCUGUGAAAAAAGCUUCUUCGAUCCAAUAUGCGACGAAAUUCUCUAUCAAAUAGCUGGCCCUAUGAGUGACCAAUUCAAUAAGAGCCGUUUAUCGGUAUAUAUCAAAGGAGUAGGUGGUACAUCAGUAAUGAAUAUGAUUCAUUUGGUGCAAAUGGUUAAUAGUGGGAAAAUGCAAGCUUAUGAUUAUGAAUCAGUGGAGCAAAAUCAAUUACAUUAUGGCGCUGAUUCACCACCAAUUUAUAAUUUAAGUUCAAUUAAUGUUCCAAUUUAUUUGUAUUGGAGUACAAAUGAUUGGUUAGCAACUGCUGAAGAUGUUGAGAAUUCACUAUUAUCGAUUUUGCCGAAAAAUUCAAUCAAAAUGAGAAAAAAAUUUAAAAAUUACAAUCAUUUGGAUUUCAUAUGGGGUUUGAGAGCAGCUGCUGGCAUUUACAAACCAAUUAUAUCGAUUAUUAAGGAUCAUAGAGCUGAAGAUUUGCCUAAUAAUUUUAAGAUUGCCAAAAAUUUUUGA